AUGAAAGAAGUGAUAAUUAAUAAUAUUCAAAAAUAAAUAGAAGCGAAUUCUGUUAUUAAAGCAGAGGAAAUAUCUUUAAUUUUAGAAAUCUUUAUAAAAAAAUAUAUAAAUUAUAUCUAUCUUGAAUAUGAAAGCAGCUAAACUGACUCCUUUUGUUUAAAAGCAUUCAACACAGAGAUUUUACAAAAUGUGUAUCUCAAAUUUUCUCUCUUGAUCUUAAAAUAAGAAAAAGAAAGGGAAUAGAAAAAAGAAAUUAUAUUGAAGCUAAUUUAAUAAAACUAACUGGAAGAUCAAAUACUAACGAAGGAUACUCUAUAUGACGUAACAAUAGAAGAAACAAUAGAUAAUUAAAACUAUCCUGAUCUCAGUUAAAGAAUAAAGGCAGAAAAAAAAACAUUCUAUUCUAAUGAAGUAAUUAAUGAAACAAAAUAUGUAAGAUAAGUAACUGCAAUUUACUAGAGGCGAGCAUUCAACAUGGAAAUUAUCUUAAAUGAAUUAAAUUUACUAGAAAACCAUCCUUACUUGAAAAAGCUAAAUUUAAAUUUAAACAAUAACGAAUUCUUUGAAGGUGAAGGUGCGUUACUGGGUUCUUGGAUAUCAAAAUUUUCAUAUUUAGAAAAUUUGGAAUUAGAUAUCGACUCUUGCAACAUACAGACAGAUUAGCUGAUUUAAUUGUUAGAUUCAAUAUCAAAUUGCAACAAUUUAAAGAAAUUAGAUUUCACUUAUAGGAUGAACAAAAACGAGCCUAUUUUUAAAGAAAUUGGCACUUAUUUAGGCAAAUUGCAUUUAUUAGAAUAUUUAUCUAUAAAUUAAAGCUUAAACAAACUAUAAUAAUCUAUUGGUGAUAGCUCUUUGUUUGGAUAAGGCUUGGCUAAUUGUAAAAAUCUAAAAGAGCUAUCUUUUAAUUCAUCAUUCUGCUUUUAUUAGAGCUUAACUCAACAGAAUUUGAUACUUGGGCUAAAUAAUUUGAAAAGCAUCUAAAAAUUACAUCUCGAUAUUAAACAAAAUAAACUAUCAAGUGAUUUGCUAAUAAAAAUUGUUUAGGAAAUAUCUUGCUGUUCAUAAAUAGAGGAUUUAUCUUUGAGUUUCAUAGAUAACUAAAUUGAAGACGAUACAGUGUUAAAGCUAUUUAAAGAAGUAUCAAAAUUAUAAUUACUGAAGAGAUUUUCAAUAGAUUUUAUGAAUAUUAUUACUGAUUACAGCAAAUUGAUUGGAUUUGGCGAAACCCUUUCGCUGUGUAGCUAACUUUCAUACUUAUAGAUGAAUAUCUAAAGCUAAAUUGAAAGCUAGAAUGAAUUAUCUGAAGUUAUAGGUAAUGAAAUCUCGUAAAUAAAAUCAUUAAAAACUAUUGAAAUAAAAUUUGGCUAUGAAAGAAUAAACUUCCAAAAUCUAUGCAAAAAUUGGGGUCUUCUUCAGAAUUUAGAAGAUAUUUCAAUUGAUUUUGAUAAAAUUUAUUUGUCUUAUGAGAGGGCAUAGGGAUUAGAUAAAUUGCUUGCCUAAAUCAAGAACUUAAAAAGUCUAAGCAUUACAUCCAUUAACGAAGAAAAUUAUGAAAUUAAAAAAUCUAAAUUAUUUGGAAAAUAUUUAUCGAAAUGCUUAAACCUAAUCGAUUUAAAACUAUCCUUAAGGUAUUUUAAUUAGCUCAUUUUAAAAUGA